AUGGUCCAAGUUCGAGGGUCCCGUGCUGACCAGCCUUUUCCCAAUGGCUCCUCGGCUCUCCUCGUUCUCCUCUCCGGCACAAUUCCCGUCGUUUUCCGCGGCACUACCUACCGCUUCCCCAUUUCCGUCUGGGUACCGCAUGCCUAUCCCAGUGAGCCGCCGAUUGUCUACGUGACGCCAACAGAAACUAUGGUCGUGCGGCCUGGCCAGCACGUCGACUCUCAGGGUUGUGUCUACCAUCCGUAUCUAACCGCAUGGUCGACGUAUUGGGAUAAAUCCAAUAUUGUCGACUUCCUCAACAUCUUACGCGAGGUCUUCGCUAAGGAGCCGCCCGUUGUUGCCCGCCAAAGGCCCCCUCCACCGCAACAGACGCCUACCCCUCCUCCAGUGCCGCCGCUACCACCUGAGUUUGCCCCGAGACCCCCAUCGAGCCAACCUGCUGCGAGUGCCAGUUCCCCAGCCGAAGUUAGGCCGCCGCCACCGCCUCCUAAGCCGGGUCAGGAACGGCCGGUGGUUUCUCCUCCCCCUCAGACACCUAGUCCUCAGGUGCCCCCUCCUCCUCCUAAGGUCGGCGGUCCGGCUGGUCACCUAACGUUGGGACAGCCUUCUCAUUUGCUUGGACAACCGCAGUUGGUAGGGCAAACCCUUCAUCUAACACAAGAACAUCCGGCACAGCCUUUCGCUGGACAACCACAGGGACAGCCUGCGUUUGUCCAGCCCCAGACCCAAGCAGGUUCAAUACCCCCUCUUCCCCCGAAACCCGGGCCGUCACGGUACGAAGCUCCGCCGCCAUUACCUCCCCAGGCGUCUACGUCUCAACAAACAACCCCCCAUCAACCCCCUCUUCUGCCGCAUCAGAGCCUUCAACCGACUACUCUACCUCCAGGCCCGCCGCCCUCAGUUCAACGACCAACCUCUAUCUACGAACCUCCUCCCCAACCAUAUAGCGCCCCUCCAGCUACUCAACCAUACCAGCAACCGCCUGCCCAGCCACAGCCCCCUCAACAGCUCGCCAAAUCGCCUCCCCCGAACCUCCUCGACGACGACGCAACCCCCCCCCUCCCCACAACCGAAUCUCCCUCUCAACCCCCACCUCCCCCACCAAACCCCGAGAAAGAUGCUCUCUUGCAUCAAUUAGCAAUAACACUCUACAAUCACCGUCAAAAAUCCUACCAACAAAACACCACCUCCCUCGCCGGCCUGCGCGCACAACGGAAAGCCCUCCUCCAAGCCUACGCCACCCUGCAAUCCGAACUAACCCACCUCACCCAACUUUCCUCCCUCCUCCAAUCCAACACCUCCAUCCUGCAAUCCUCUCUGCAAAAGGCAGACGAAACCAUCACAAAGGCUCAACACCAACUCAAAGAAAACGGCCCCCCAGAUGUAGAUGAACUGUUGGUUGCGCCGACGGUGGUGGGGAACCAGUUGUAUGAGCUUGUAGCGGAGGAGAGAGCAAUAGGGGAUGUUAUUUUCGUGCUUGGGAGAGCAGUGGAGAGGGGGAGGAUUGCGCCAGGGGUGUUUGUUAAGGCUGUGAGGGGGUUGGCGAGGGAGUGGUAUUUGAAGAAGGCGCUUGUGAGGAAGAUUGGACGGGGGAUGGGGUUGGCUGGGGCAUAA